AGCUCCAAAUCAACAAGUGUCGCGACGCCGUGUCCUACAACACCUGCGAGUACUUUACUACGUGGGCCUUCCGAACUGGGCUGUGCUCCCUGCUGGUAUCACCCACUACGCCAUGGGCGGCUGUUGUGCGAGGCACCCAGCCCCCACUGUCGUGUCCCGUAGACAAGAAAUAUUACUCAACGGCAAACGCGACGUGGGACCUGAACCACCCCAUGCUCUCUUUCCUAGAGGGGUUCGUGUGGACCGGAUCGCUCAAGGCCGCUGCCCCAUCGCCGCACUCCCAGACGAGCUGCUGGUGGACGUGUUCUCGCGGGUGGCCGACGGCGGGGCCCUGCUGGACACGCUGCCGCUGUUGUGCAAACGCUGGCGCCGACUGUGCCGCGACUCCAAGGCGUGGCGCGACGUGGAGGUGCGCUUCGAGGCGCGGUACGAACACGGCGUCCCGGUGGUCACCUCGGAGCCGACAGUGGCUGCCAGAAUAGUGCUGCACGCGCCGUCGCUCCGCAGCCUGGAUCUGGAGGGCCCCGACCGCGCCGUGCUCCUGGCCCUGCGCCGCAGCAAGGCCGUGGUGCGGCGGCUGUGCGUCAAGACGGCCUUCUGGAAGGCGGGGGACGACGGCCUGUGCCCCGAGGUGCUGGACGUGCUCUGGCGCAGCCGGCACUGCGCGCGCCGCGUGCAGCUGUGGCUGGACGACGAGCGAGCGCAACGGGAUAGCCAGGGCCGCCCCGCGCUUGACAUCCUCGGCGACCUGGAACACCUCGAGGAGCUGCGGCUGGAAGUCGCCGAGCGGCUGCCCUACACUGCGGGCAAGCUGGCGGCGGGCAUGCAAAGGCUGCGCGAGGUGUUCGUCUCGCACGUGCGCUUCACGGACGCGUACAGCAGCGACCGCUUCGCGCCGCCCGAGGCCCUCGUCGAGGACUUGCUCCGCGGCGCGGCCGCCUCGCUGCGCAGCGCGUCGCUGUACUGGAACGAGCCGCUCGGGGAGGCGCAGCGGGCCGCGCUGCAGCAGUGCGCCGCCCUGGAGUCGCUCAUGGCGCACCAGGCCGUGCUGCCCGCGCUGCGGCACUGGCCGCGACUCCACACACUCAACGUCCAGCUGUACCCGGCGGGCGUGGAGCAGGUGGGGGGCUGCGUCCGCGACGCCCUGCGGCAGUGCGAGCCCCACGCCCCACUGCGCCACGUCACCCUGGGCGUCAACUGCUACAUCGACGACGACAUGUGGGAGGAGUCUUCGGACGAGUGUCAAGGUCACGUGGAGGCCUUCGGGAAGCUCCGACCGGAAGUGAAAGUGGAGCUGGACGGAUGGUACUGAAUGUCUUAGCAAUGAACGGGACCGCAGCUAUUUUUUGCAUGAAAUAAAUAUCACAGAAAGGUGUAAA